AUGUUGCUGGUUAAUGUACUGGUUGUUGCGGUAGCUGUGAGUUUAAGCUCAUCUACGGCACAGGCAGCAUGCCCAUCGGGGUUCUGGGAUGCUGAUAAUCAUUGUAUCAUUACUAUCUGGCAGACUAUGACGCUCGAUGAUGCUGAGGCUCACUGCGUUAGAUUGGGAGGCCGUAUUUUUGCUCCAAGUGGGGCCACCACCAUAGCGCUCAAGAGUUACGCUGAUGCCACCUUUCUCCCAAAUCCUGAUCUAUGGGGGAGAUAUUGGGUGGGUCUGACCGAAGACUUAUCCAAUGCUUGGCAGAGGAAUGUAGUUGAGCAAGGGGAACUUGACAGUGGACCGUAUUGUGUAGCGCUGGAUUUCAAAAGACCCUUGUCCCAGCAUCUGCAGUUUUAUGGAUAUGACCGAGUAACAUGCCGAGAUGAUGUCAAGUUACCGGUUAUUUGCAGGCUUAAACCAAUUGCCAUCCCACCGACCCCUGAGCCUGUACUUCCUGCAGAUGAUAUCAAGGCAACGUGCCCACCACCAGCGCCUUGCCCAACCUGCCCUGCCCAGGUCACUUGCCCUCCACAGGUGACUUGCCCCUCCUUGACUUGUCCCCCAACUGUAACAUGUAAGAGCGAGUCCAUCACACCCCGCCCUCCGCAAUCUAUCACUGCAGUUAACGUUUGCCCUUCCACUUGGUUCGCCCGUGGACAAUUUUGCUACCAUUUCCGAAUCGCCGGCCAAAAUUGGAUAGAAGCCUCUCUCAGCUGUCAGAAGCAAAAUGCUCAUCUUGUGUCCAUCUUGAGCAAGGACGAGAACGACUAUAUAGGAGAGAUAAGUAAUGAUCUUUCAGUGGCGACACCAACGAUGCGUCGGUUCUGGAUCGGUUUGACGGAUGCCAACCAGGAAGGGGAGAUGGAAUGGAGUAAUGGGGAUCCAAUCUCCUUCACAUCUUGGGGUCCAAGACAACCAAGCAAGCACAAGAUACGUCGAUUCCGUGAGAACUGCGUCAUCACCAAUAACAACAUGGUGGGUCUAUGGGAUGAUAUAUCAUGCAAGAAAAUACAUCCUUAUAUCUGCAAAAAGACAGCUGAUACCAAGUAA